AUGUUGAAAUUAUUUGUGGUAUUAUUAAGUGCUCUGCUCUUGACAGAGGCCACUCUCGUUCAAGUUCCUUUAACCAAAGUUAAGGAACAAAAAAGCAAAGCCAAUGAAUUGCGUAAACUGAAGGCCAAAUAUGGUAUUGCUACUGAAAGCCGGGAAUUGGUCAAGGAGAAACUCUUCAACUAUGUGGAUGACUCGUAUUAUGGCAAAAUCACCAUUGGUACUCCUGGUCAAGAAUUCUUGGUUUUGUUCGAUACUGGCUCUUCCAAUUUGUGGGUUCCUGUAAAGCCUUGCUCAGAAUACAAUCAGGCCUGUGAAAAUCAUCACACCUACGAUCCAAGUGCCUCAUCUACCUAUGUCGAAAACGGUGAAUCGUUUGCCAUUCAAUAUGGAUCGGGAAGUUUGAGUGGUUACCUUGUCGAGGAUAAAGUGACCGUUGAAGGUUUGGAAAUCAAGAAGCAAGUUUUUGCUGCUGCCACUAGUGAACCUGGUACCACCUUCGUCUAUGCUCCAUUCGAUGGUAUUAUGGGUAUGGCCUUUAAGGCAAUUGCUGUUGAUGAUGUCACACCACCAUGGUACAAUAUGAUCCACCAAGGAUUGGUGAGGGAUCAUGUAUUCUCGUUCUACUUGGCCCGUCAUGGCACCUCUGAUGAUGGUGGUGUUAUGGUUUUGGGUGGCAAUGAUGAUCGUCACUAUACCGGCGAUUUCCAUUAUGUCCCUGUAUCCGAAAGGGGUUAUUGGCAAUUUGAAAUGGAUGAAGCUCACGUUAAGGAUGUUCGUUUGUGUGACCAUUGUCAAGCUAUUGCCGAUACUGGUACCUCUCUCAUCGGUGUGCCAUCGGAUAAAUACGAAGAAAUCCAAAGGGCUAUUGGCGCCAAAUUCAGUGAGGAUACCUAUGAAUAUAUGUUGGAUUGUUCGAAAAUUGAUGAAUUGCCAGAAGUUGUUUUCUACAUUGGCGGUGGAAGAUUUACUUUGAAAGGAUCCGAAUAUGUUAUCAAAUCUGAUGACCAAUGCGCUUCGGCUUUCGAAAAUGCUGGUACCGAUUUCUGGAUUUUGGGUGAUGUCUUUAUUGGUAAAUACUAUACCAGUUUCGAUUUUGAACAUAAUCGUGUUGGUUUUGCUUUAGCUAAAUAAAUCAAU